AUGUGGCUAAACCUUAGGACGGAACAAAUGGCUUCCGGACACCAGCAGCUUCUGCCACCUCAGGGAUACACCAUCGCAGAUCUUCAGGCUGCCUGGCAGCAGGUGGACACUGCGGAGCAAAACCUUCGUGCGCUAAUUCAGGAGGCACUCUGCGAACGGGCCCACCUGGAGCGCCUGAUGGCUACAUUCAAUCGAAAAGUGGGACUGCAUCACAGGUGGUUAGCGGAGAACGGAAAACUGGCGGUGGUCCUCUGCGUCGCCGACCGCACCAACCUAAACAGGACUUUGCAGAAUUUGAGUUCACUCUCCGACUGCGUCGGCAGCACCACGAACAGCAACCUCCUCAGUUUUCUGCUUCAGGAGAGGGAAAAGCUCUUGGCGUUGCAGUGUAAACACAGGACUAUGAUUGCAGACACUGAGGCGCACAACAAUCAGCGCUUUCGCACUCUGCAGGAGUUGUGGGGCCAACUAAGCCGCUGGACGAAUCUGAGCAGUGUUCUCUCCGGAAGAUCUGACUUCAUUGAAUCUGCCGUGAGUAUGGUGGAGUCAAUUAUAGAUGUGGAGAAGGUGGUGAUGGACCUUGAAGUCAACUGGGACAGGCUGACUGCACGUUUCCUGCGAGGUUCAGACUCCGAGCUGCAACUGACAGAGAGUGACAAACUGUCCUUGCAUCGGCUAACUGUUGGGAGCUGGCGAAGAAUCGGUGCAGCAUUGCAUUUAGCUCGCUCAGAUGGGAUUGCCAUUCUGCCCGGUUUCUUGAGGCGAAAGCUGUUUGCCCGAUUCCUGGCGUUGAAUCUGCCCAUGGAAUCUCUGUUGGCCUUCUGUGCAAGCCAUUGCAAUAACCUAAACAACCUGAAACAACGAGCUUCCAUGCUGACUGAUCGUCUGCAGCGCACAACAGAGCAAAGGCAGUACCUACAAGCUCUCACUCGCAUGACGGAGCUCACCUUCGGCGAACUGCAAAACGACAAUCACGAGAGCAUACGAAUUAUCUCCAGCAAGUUUCGUCUAAUCGAAAACGAGAUAAGCAGUCAAAUUGCCACGGAGGCCACCUUUGCCGACUGCCCAUGUUGUGCAAAAGCCCCCUCCGAAACUACCCAUCUGUCCCUCGACCUCGCUACUAAAGCGACCAAGGAGGCGCUUGUCGGCACACCUUCCGGUGAAAGCUCUCGAGGCUCGAAGAAUUGGCGCAGUCUGGAAACUCUGAGCAGUGUCAGUCACUACGACAGAAUCCCACUUCGGCGUGCAAGGACUUGCGAAGGGUUGCAUGAACCCUCUGUUCUUCCAGAGGAGGUAGCCGACAAAAAGGCAUUUUUAUUACGCCUCAAGCAUUUGGCGAGGGAGGAGCUGGAUCGUCUUGGUCGUUCAUUUCACGAAACCCAUCUCCUCCUAAUGACAGAGAGGACUGCGUUUCUGAAGGACAUUGAACAAUACAAGACAUUCACGUCCGUCUUCUUGGAGCUGACGGAGGUCCGCAUUGAGCUGGAUGAGGGUACGACGUGGGUCAACCAGACUACGGAAUUCUUCAGUCGGACGCAGCUACCGGCAGUUCGCUCUGCGCUGACCAGAGCCAACAGUUCUUCUUCUGCUGAUGAUGCCUCCUUAGAAUCCACUAGCAGUAUGGUCGGUUGGUGGAAACAGUUGCUCCAGACAAACAAACUUUUCAAGGCAAUUAUACUCUACCAGUCUACAAUACGCAGACAAAGACAGGUGGGCACUUUCCGGAAAAAUUCUGCAAAGACUACCAUGAUAGGCUUCGAAAAUUGCCUGAGGGAUACCUCGCGUCCGGGGCGUCCCAACAGCAUUCAGUUGGAUUCGGGGCAGAUGUGGCGAUAG